AAAGAAAUGGAAAGAGAGAUAAAACAUUCCAUUGAAAGAAUAUGUUUUAAAAUGUUGCAAUUUUCAUUCAAAUCUGCAGUACUUAAUAGAAGAACACAAUUAAGAUAAACCUGAUUUAUGACGUAAUGAGGCACUUGUUGAUUCUGAUGUUUCUUAUCCUUGGCAACAUCCCCAUCGUAACGCAUACAUCCCUUCCCCUUUUUGGAUGCAACAUCACACCAGUGUGAGUUCCAGCGUGUCCUUCUUCACAGCAGCAAGGUUUCAAGUUAGAACAACAACAAAAAAGGAACUUGUGCGAGAGCAUGACUCAAUCAACAAGAAUUCGGAGAAGAUCUUACAGGCAACAAACGGUAUAUGCGUACGAGUAACGUCUAUUCACGCGAGACGAUAAUGCUUCUCCGGAGAUGAACGAAAUCAUGAGAUCAACUGCCGAGAAGAGCACGCACAAUCUGCCUCUCGAUGGUUCGGCUUUCACAGGACUCUUGGCAAAGUACCGCAGCUUCAUCGGUGGAGUGCGUAGAAAUUUGCAACACACAAUCCGAACAGCACACGGGUUCACACUCUCGGCACUUGUCCGUCCAGCGUUGAGAGUUCGUUGCAGCUGGCUGCAAAACCAGUGGCAGAGGACGGCUCUGCCGAAAAAACAAAAAAAAAAGUUAGUGCUUCGAUCCGCUCGGCAAAUGCUCACGCUGGUCGCAUCGUACGGUUCAGUACGAUACAGGCCGAAAGCGAACGAGGACGUCCCCCCCGGGUGGUGAAGUAUCGCGAGCUGUCAGUGCUGUAAACCGAUCUGUGUGGAAAAGGUUUCGCCCGUACGGUCGAAGGGUGUUGCUCGAUCUCGGGCGUUAGAUGUGGUUCGUUUUUUUGUUGUUGUUGUUGGGUUAGCGGGUUGGGAAUUCGACGAUGUAUCGAUUGUUGUAGUCGAUUCCGGUAAUUGAGGAUAUCGUGCGAGUGAAAGUGGGCCCCAGUGAUCAUUGGGGCGUGCUUCGUCUAGUGUGACGAAAGGCGCACGGGUACGCCCCGUUUCGUGGUGGUGAAUGGGAACCAACGCGAAAGGACCAGCCUGAAUUAUCUCGGUUCGACCACGUGGUUCCGCAUCGGUACGUUGCCAUUACUGUCGGGGUCUAGGCAAACGAGUGCUAACGAACCACUUGGAUGGUGACCGUGUGCGUGUCUUGGGUGUUGUGUAAAGCCUUAGUGUCUCGUAAGCGUAUCCUGCGAAAGCCUCCUUCAAACCCAACCCAACGACGGGGUGUUGUGUGUAACUGUGGUGCGGUGAAAGUCCAUACAGACGAACAGGCAUUGCUGUGUCUGUUUUCGGGGGGGAUUGGGUGUUUGGUGAAGUACCGAUGAAGAAAAUGAUUAUACCGAUGAUGCCACUGAUGGCGCAGACGAUAGCACCGAUGAAUGCUGACGAUGCAGUUUUGUGCAUAAUUUAAGUGAGUCCUAUCGUUCUCUCUCUCGCUCGCUCUCUUCACCGGUGUAAGUGCAUCUUUACACCACGUGACCCUGAUCCUCACACCCGUUGCGGGCGUCUUGAGCGCCUUCCGCUUGACAUCCACUUACUUCCUCGGCAGUCAUCGGUGUCACCCAUCACCCGACGGUCUCUACUCCUUUGCAGGCAUGACUGGAUAGGGGGGAACCGGGUAUACGCAAUCGUGAUCGGUCGGUGAGUAGAAGCAAAAUUUAUGGCCGAUUCGUGCCUCGGCUCGUUGCUGAUGGAUUAGUUUCAUUGUGUGCUUCACCGCUAGCGUCGGAUCGACACGACAACGGCGAGGUUUGCGGGUAUACGCUUGAUGCAGCAUUCAAUGAACGCAGUAGAACGGUAAAAGCUGCAUUUGCUUCGUUGAACUUCAACCCCUCCUCAGGUGGUGAGUUGUGAAACAUACCGCCCACCCGUUUGGCUUCACAACCACUCUUCUGGACGUGUUCUCGGUGGUGAUGAUGAGCUACUUUAAAGUGUGCUAAAGAUUAAGUUAGCGAAGCGAAAAAAGAAAACAACAUUCCGUACGUAGUAGUUUAAGUGGUUGACAUCGUUUUCAGCACAUUGUCAAGUGGUUCGUUCAAUCGUGCAAACUUUCUACUCGUACUCGGAACCCACUUACCGCUUGUCGUACCUUCCGUCCAAAUGUACAUUCCCUGCCUUCCUAGCAUUCAGUGGUAAACGACGAGCUUUCCCGUCACUCCAUACUCCAUAAACACGAAGAAGAAGAGAAAAAAAAACAACAUUCCAAAAAAGGGAAACAACCGAGGACUACUUAAUCACUCAACCGAACCAAGCCUGGCAACGACAAAUUACAAUCGAUACAACUUUUCCGGAGCAACGAGCUAACUUCUCCUUCACGAUGGUAUCUGCGACAUAUCCAAAUCUGACGCUAGUACUCUUGGUGUUGUGUAUCGUCACCAGCCCGAUUGAGAGUCGAUACCGUGAGAAGGAUGUUAAGAAGGGAAAAUCUUCACCGCCUGUACUGCCACAGAUGAUAGUUCCCUCGCCGCUAAUGAACCUCUGCUCAGGCGAUCGAGAGAUGAAACUGGUCUGCCACUGCUCACCAGACGAUCCGCAUGUGAAAGCACAGAAAGCAAACUGUUGGAUCUUUAGCAAGGAACUCCCGCGUAAGGACACCAAUUGGCUCGCCUUCCAGACACAGUCCACAUUGGAGCAGUUAAAGAUUACGGUACAGAAGAUCGGUAACCUGGCGUACAUCCCGUCGGACGUACUGCACACGCUCAAGUACCUAAAGCAGCUAACGAUCGAGUACGGUGUGAUACCGGACCUGCUGAACUACGCUUUUGGCAAUCUGACCGAGCUGCGCAAUGUGACGCUGCACAAGAAUCAGAUCCGCAUCGUACAUCCGUUCGCGUUUGCCAACCAUCCUUUCCUGGAGGAGAUCAAUCUGGAACGUAAUGAGAUUCUCGAACUAGACAAGGAAGCGCUUGUACAUCUGCCAGCACUGCGGAAGCUUAAUCUGGAUUUCAACAAUCUCUCCAUGCUGCACGACGACGUGUUCGUUUAUCUGACCAGCCUGGACGAGUUGAAGCUCGAAUCGAACCAGAUAUCUGUGUUGACGCGCGAAAUUUUCAAGGGCCUUGGCAAUCUAAGAAUACUAAAGCUGACGGCCAACAGUUUAACCUUCAUCGGUGAUACAAUCUUCGCGGAGCUGUGGAGUCUACAGGAGCUGGACCUAGAUCACAACCAAAUCGAGAAACUAUCUGCCCGUGCUUUCGACGGGUUGAACAACCUGCGGAAGCUUAACCUAGAGAACAACCGGCUGAAGCGGCUCGAACGGGGCAUCUUUACUGGCGUACCGGCCGUCCUUAAUCUCAACCUAAACUCCAAUCAGCUGGAAACGAUUACGUACAACAACUUCCUGCCACUAAUGGACAACCUAGUCAACAGUACGGCCAUUCUUCAUCUCAAAGAUAAUCGAUUUCUAUGUGACUGCCGGCUGCUGUGGCUGUUCGAUCUACGCAACAACACCAAAAACGAAGAUCUCCGGUACACACUGCAGCACGUGGAAUGUCUAUACGACAUCAAAGGAAUCUACGGGACGCCAUCGCUAACGCACAACCAACUGAAAGAGUUUGGCCGCAGCCAACCCCAGGACACCAUCCUGUUCGACGAAGAGUACUACGACGAUACGGGCCACCGCAAACCGGGUGUCGUGUUACAGAAAAAGUUCAGCUCAAGUCGAUCCGUUCCCGAUGGUAGCCAGGACAAGAGCCAACUGCAACCCAUCACACUGAUGAAACUACGUAAGGACACGAUUCUACCCUGCCCGAAGGAACUGGACGAACCGACGGAACUACCACUUUCACGGGAGUCGAUCGGACUCGAUAUGGGUUGGCGUUCGUCGGUGACGGCUACGAGCGAAGGUUCGACUUGCAUCCAUUCGAUGGUACUGCUAGGUAUGUGUUGUCUACUCUCCCUUGCCCGGUAUGGGCGAAGAUGUUAGUUUUGGAAGCAUCACACUAACCAACCAGUAAUGUCGACAAACUAUCUUACUGCAGCAGGUUUAAGCAGCGGAGUGGGUCGUGCGUGUAUAUGACUCUCGUAGACAUUUUGUUUAUUCCAUAAGAUCUCAUGUUUCAUUGCUCUGCUCGAGCGUUCUAUUGUUUCGUAUGUUAAGAAAGCAAAUGCGACGAAUAGUGGCUGCACACAAAAGGGAGAACUGGUGUAAAUAAUGAUGUUAGAUCAGAGUAGCAAAUCGAUGAUUUGCGUUAGCUAAAUAAAGGUAAUUUAGAUCGAAAACGAAUUUAUACGAUGCCAAGGAUGUUCGGUUGAUUGUGUCUCGAGGCUAACAACUGAACGGAUGCUACACAUGCAGGAUGCAUGCAUGAAAACAAUGCCCACAUUUAAACAUCGAUGGCAUGCAUCGAAGGCCGAGAGGAUGGUUAAGCGAUGAAGAGGUGAACACCUUGCAAGGUGUUCCAUUGCCUUGUACAUAGUACCUUUCCCACCCUUCUGUUCAGGCACCAUUGCAGCAUUCGAUACGGAAAAUGGUUCCGGUUUCGGGUCCGGUAUCGCUCACUUAGUAACAAUGUGCACCAAAAACACUUUCACUCACGCAAGUAUCGGCUAACUCUUACUGAAUGUACAUAGUAGCACACGGUAUGAUAUUACGUCUUACAAUACAAUUUGAGCGACCAGCACAAAAACGAUUCCUUUUGUCUCUCGGCACAUACUGCUAUGGCUUGGCGGUUGGUUCGAUCAUGACUCCAUUGCUUUUUCAAAGCUUUUUUUUCUACAGUAAAACAUAGGAAUAUUAUUAUUUUAUUAUUUAUUUACAGGACAAUUUAAAUUUUAAGCUUUUAAAAUAAAAAGAGAAUUGAACUGUUUUUAGGCUUGUCUAAACAAAAGUUUCAACAAGGAAAGUUAAUUUUUACGAUAUUUUAACAAUUUGUUGCUAUUUUUUUUUCUUUUACUUUAAUAAGAUUUUUAAUGUGAAAAAUGUAACUAAAUUUAAUACUUAAAUAUUUAAUACUUAGGUUAAAUUAUCGUUCCUUUCUGGAAAACUGGUGGAAGGAAUUCGCUGACGUUUAAAGCUUUAUGAACUCCUUUUGAUUAUUUAAUGAAACACAAUUACUGUAAACAGCAACAUUUCCACCACCUUUCCCGGCCAGUGGGUUUUUACGUUUGUUACGUUUCAUUACCACCCAAAGACCUUCACAAUGAGCCUGUUUGACACCUCAUCAGGCGAACGAGUCGUCAGUUUCACGACCCCGCUUUAACGAGCCCAUUACCCGCCAGCAAACAUCCGAAGCUCGUUUCCCGUAGCAAAAAAAAAAGAAAAUUGACGUUUGUUGCUUCAUGUUUGGUAAUCUUUGCCAAGAAAGGGAAUUUCGAAAGAAGCUAAAAAUCAUGUCAUCAGAAUCAUAAUUUACAUGCACCGACGGCUAAAACGGAUGAAACAUUAGACGACGAUUUGUCGCUCGCACUGUUCUGUGGCUUCCUGAUACAGCGGAAGCCUAAACAUUGCAAGUGGUGAAUGUAUUUGUCCUUGUUGCCUUCUGUUCAUAGAAUCAUUUCUUCUUCCCACACACGCACACACGUGUCGUGUCGGAAAAUGUGUGGCACGAGUCGGCUGGUGCGCAUCUAUAAAAUGCCUACCAAGUGCCUGCCACGAACCGAAACCUUCAAAGCAGCUUGGUGCAAAUGAGUGAACCUAAACAACCGCCAAGGGUAACAAACAAACGGGGCUGAUGCCAGAAAUGCCAAACGGUACACGCACCGUUGACAGUGUGCGCAAGUAAAGUAGGAAGAAAAAGCACAAAACUUUUUUGUGAGAGAAAAAAAACACACACACAAAAUGAACAAGAACAAGGGAAUGGAGGAAAAAAAAUGAAAUGUUAAUAAAAUAACGAAGUACGUAAGCAUACAUUUACUGCACCGUAAAAAGUGUAAAAUGGGCAAACAUAAACCAUGGUUUGAGCGGGGCGCAAAACGACACGAGCAUCGGCGCUAUCGAUGCCUUUUACCGAUGGGAAAAAGGGCUGCUGAAGUUUAUUUUUAUUUCGUUUAUUUUGCAGCUUCUUUUUUGUUUUGUUGCUUGCUAUAUCUCGCUGCCCGCACACAUACAAAUUCGCACCAGGGGAAGUUGAAGGUUCCCUGUCGCCCGGUCGUUCCCGUUCCCGGUCGUAACUGUUUGCCUAACUGCAGGCGCUACCAGACGCCAGCCAGUGGAAGUGUUGCCAGCAUGAGUUUUUCAUUUUCUCGACACGUCUUGAAGUCAGAGUUUUUUUUUUUGCUCGCUUUACACCACAUUCGGGGAGCUGAGGCAGGAGCGGGAACAGCAACAAAAAAUGCCCCUGUACAAUUACGCUGUUCGGUUUCGUCCUUUCGCCCGUUUCGUUUCCACCCAGGCAUCUUUGAAGGGUGUGCGUAUGAGGUCGACGAUGGGUCGUUGGGUGAAACGGAGCACCAAAUUAAUAUUUAAUGUACGCGCAGCUCGCUACAUGCGACUCGGGAAGCGAAGCAUAGGAAAUAAAAACCAAACCAAGUUGCGGAAUGUUAAAAACCAAACCCAAAAUUGAACAAGCUCGUGAAACAGCUAGACACAUGCGCAGCGUUUGUCGGAAUCCUCACAGGAAAUGGGAAGUUGAUUUUGCUCGGCAUGCUUCCGGGAGCUGUUAGGUGAAUCCAAUACUACGAGCAGACGGGAAAUGAGCACUAAAAACCGAAUUGAACAUCGUGUCUAAGACGUCCUUUAAGGUGGCCGCGGCCAUGGUUCAACUUCGGCAAUGAAGUGUUCGUAUCCGUGAUAACUUCACAAGAAACUCAAACCACACAGAUAUACUCACACUUCCACGGAUGUUACUAUGUGUAUUUGUGUGUGUGUGUGUUUAUGUCUGUGCAAGAACCAUCUUCGAGGAGCAGCCAAAGCAUCAUUGCAGCAUAAAACUAGCGCACCCAAUUAGUAGUCGAAUGUAAUCUACGUAAUUGAGUGUAAUCAUGUUACAAAGCUGGCUAGGCAAAAGCAAGGCAAAACUUAAUGCAGCAGCAGGGUGGAUGCGUUCGUAUUUUUUUUUCUCUCUUGUGUGUGUCCUCCCUAUUUCCCCACCUCUCUUCCUUUCCGUUUGUUUCCCGGAUGGUAGUGCAAAGUUUUCGCCCCAAACCGACUUACGUGCCCGGGGAGGGAUUAGAGCAGAUACUUCGAAAGUUCCCGUAACGAAGAUUUACGAGCUGAGCUACCGCCGGGACGUAUGGGCGCACAGUAAAAUUAUGCACCCGCAGGCCUACAGGACUGCGAGCAGCGCGCCGACAGGGUGAUGAAUGUGGUUUUAAGAGGAUGGUGACGAAAAACGGGCAACCACCCGACAACUCGAUUAGAAACGACCGUAGAUGUAUCGCGUACAUCUCGAGCUUCUGCACAAAGGCGAAAGGACACAGCACAUGGGGAAAGAAAAAACAAAACUACACAAAACGGCGGGAAGCUGUAAAAACUUGAGCUAAGCAAGUACAUGAAAUAUUAAAAAAUAUGAAAAACUCAAACCCUUAUCACCAGAUCCGGAUAGAGUAACGAUAAGCAAAACAAAACAAAAAAAAAACACACACACACAAAACCCAUUAUGUGAAAAAAACGUACAAGCAAGAUUUUGUCAUCUGUAAAUACUGUAUAAAUGUGAUUCUAGAUGUGCGAACAUAGAUACUCUAUCACUACAAAUGAAAACAACUACGCCCAAUGAGAAAAAAAAGAAACAGGCAAUAAAUCACACAUGAACAUGAAAACAAAGUAACAAAAACACUAGCGUAAAUAAAUCAUGAAACAGGAUGCAAAAUGAAACAUCACGAAAUGCUUCAACAGUCUCCAUACCCUCCUAAGAAAGGCCCUUACAAAACAAACACUUCAAUAACGUUCUUAAAAGAAAACGUGAAGAAAAAUUAAAUAGAAAACUUAAAGAUAUAAAGGUGACAACUAUUCUCUCGAUACAGGAGACUAAGAUUGUUCAGAAGUUUCGUUUUGAGUGUAAUUGAGUUUUCAUUUAGUUUUGUUUGGGAAUUCACAUUCCCAUUUUGAAGAAUGUUUGUACUCAUCUACACACAACAACAUAGAACAUACGAAAUCGAACGUGGUACACACGAGUGCGAGUGUGCAUUAUGAGACAGGGUGACAAUGAAGGAAAAGGAGAUGAGAAAAAAGAUUAUUUUAAGGCACACAACAACAAACAAACCAUAAAGGAAAAAUUGAAUACAAUGGAAAAGAAAUGCAUCCAUGUAACAUUUUUUAUGCUUCAGUGAUGUCCUUAACUCGACUAGGAUUAGUAACGUAUGGAAAGUAAAAAUAAAAAGAACAACAAAUCAUAAUUGACCUUGGAAAACUA